AUGCGGCUCGCCUCCUUCGUCUCCCUCCUCUGUCUGCUUCUCAAGGGCUUUCAGACCAUCGAGGCCACAGACACAAGCAACAACAGCCCUUAUCGGAUCCUGGCUCCAAACAAUGCUGACUUUGCCUUCCGUCUUUUUGAGAACCUAGUAACCUUGAAUCCCAACAAGGACGUCUUCAUCUCCCCUAUGAGCAUCUCUAUGGCCUUGUCUUUACUUAUUCUGGGUUCCAGCGGCCAAACACACAUUAAGCUGUUUAAUGGCCUGGGCUUAGACAUCAGUGAAAUGUCGGAAUAUGAUAUCCGCGAGAGUUUCCGGCUACUUUAUGAAUUCCUCAGGCUAUCAGACAGGAGUUUGGUAAUGAGCAUGGGCAGCACCUUGUUCCACAAACAGACCUUGAAUAUCAUGACGGUAUUCCCAGUAAAGCCCCAGAACUACUAUGGAUUGGACAACUUUCCUUUAGGCGUCCAGGCCUGGACCAAAACCAGCAGUCAAAUCAACGAGUAUGUGAAGAAUAAAACACAUGGGGAAAUCUCAGGCUUAGUCUUGGAGAUUGAGAACCCGGCCACCAUCAUCCUGAUCAACUACAUCUUCUUCUCAGGUACAUGGGAACAGGCCUUCAGCCCAGAAGACACCAGGUUGGAGGACUUCUUUGUGGAUAACACGACCGUGGUGCAGGUGCCCAUGAUGUUCCAGUCAAACAUCUUCAAGUACUUGUAUGACUCGGAGCUGGAAUGCAUGGUUGUGCAGCUGGAGUACAUGGGCAACAUCACUGCCUUCUUCAUCCUCCCUGACAACAAGAAUAUGGACAUAGUCAUCCAGGAGCUGAACCAAGACACACUUCGUAGGUGGGACACAUCCAUGAUCAGCAGCAACAAUGUGGACCUCUACAUCCCCAAACUCUCCCUGUCUGGACUCUAUGACCUUGGAGAAAUCACGAAGGCCCUGAGCCUCAGAGAUUUAAAGAACAGCCAAACAGACUCGAGCAAAUACAGCAGCAUAGUCCAGACGUUGUCAAAGGUGGUAUACAACUCCAAUCUGCAACUCAGUGAGAAUGGCCAGGCAGCUCCCUCCAAGACCUCCAGCAGGUCAGUGGGCCGGAAACUCUUGGCUCCCACAAUUCGCUUCAACCACCCCUUCAUCAUCAUGGUCUUCAAUCAUACCUCAUGGAGCUGCCUUUUCCUGGGCAAGGUCAUGAACCCACAGGAAUCCACAAGCCAUGGGAAGCCAUGA